AUGUUGUUCCCACUGGAAAUAUGGGACAUCAUCAUCACCUAUGCCGACAUUGACGCUCUAGUCCGCCUCUCGGGUGUAAGCAGCUACUUUCUAAAAAGCUGUGAGCCGUAUCUGGAGACUGCCUCCCGGGCAUGCUUUCCCUGGGCACAGAAAUCUCUCCUGGGCGAACCAGAUGGAAGUGAAGGAACCUGGAGACUCUCUGCACUUCGUAUCAUUGCGAUGCGACAUUUACGACCAGACUUCAUCAACCCUACAGGAACCCAGAAGAACUGCAAAGAUACUCCUCUCAGACGAUUCCCAGACUUCAACAGCAAUGACCAUACCUCAAGACCAUUCUUUUACGACGCGACACACACGGUGAUAAAGGGAGUACCACUUGAUGAUGUGGCCAAAGCGGAUGCUCCUCCACAGGCUAACCCUGCCCCUGCUCCGUCUAACUCUGCUCUGAUAUAUCCCGUGGGGGGAGACACUCUUCGUGGUAAUCGCAGAUCUCUUUGGACGUCUGCUUCGGAGCCUACAGAAACAGAGGGACACUUCUACCAGGUCUACUCAGAUCUCAACGGGUAUUACUUGAAGGUGUACUUGGAGGUUAUCGAUAAGACCACAUUUAAGUCGAGGCUGUUUCAGGUUCCAAUCGACGACGAUACAGAACGGCCUCUCGACGCUGUGUCGGCUCAUAACGACCGUCUAUUUGUGACAGUAGCAAAAAGAAGAUCGUUCCUAGUGUUUUACUUCAACCCCAACACGGCUAAGUUCUAUUUGGUGCUUCGAGCCACGGGUCACUACGGCAUGUUCACACAAAACAGAGUGCUUGCUGAUUUAAACACCAUUCGUGUACUCUCCCAUGAAGGCUACUUCUUCAACUAUGAACUCCAUGGUCUCUACACUGCUCCCGACUUUGAGCCCAAAACAAUCAUAGGUUUCACUUCAAACUCACCGAAAUGGUCUCACUUCUGCUACCUCUCACAUCCCCGUUCGAAGCUGAAAAGCACACGGUACGUCGCUUGGUUUGCUGACGCUAACGAUUUUGACCUCAGAAAGAACCGCCAGUCGCUCAUGUGUGUUGUCGCUGACCUAAAGGAGUACAGGAUGUGGCGGGUACCUAUGCACUGUGCGCUGUUGGUUGUAGGACUGUACCAUAACACCAUUGGCUGCUGGCUUCUGGACAAGGAUAUGCUGGUUACCCCUACACGGGGUAGACGAAAACUUUUGCUGGAAAAGACUGUCGCCAAGUGGAGAAGCGACCCUGAAGAAUUCUGGGUCAUCAAGUGA